ACCGCCGUGCUGAUGGUGUUGCGAUCACCCGAUAAUACAUUAUGAUGAAGCUAACGUGAAUCGAGCUUUCAUUUUUCUCGAGGUUUGCGGUUGCGAUGUCGAUUGUUGAGUGAUGUGAGUGGAAAUAGCAAGAAAACGCGAAGUAGUUGCUUCCUCUUCAAUUUUUAUUUCGGUCUUGUUAUGGUAGAGUGGUAAAAGUUGAAACAAUGGCGGAAUGAAUGAAAAUCUCAUCCUCUUCCUGCUUUUAUUGGGAACCACACGUGCUGCAAACUUCAAUCACUAUGACAAUUGUCAGAGCAAAAUUCUUUCUGACCCAACCAUUCCCACCAGACUGACCAUAGACGUAGAAGAAAUCAUUAAAGAUGUACAUAACAAUUUAGAAAAGAACGAUAACUUCUCUAACCUCUCAAGAGAUAUCCUCAAAGAGAACGGUGUAUUAGGCGUUCUUUUUAUCUCGAAAACCCACCACGCCCUGGCUCUUAACGUCUCGAAACGCUUGAAGAUCUUUCCGAAUCGGACAUCGGAAACGGAAUAUUUCUGGAACGCUCUGAACGGCACGACAAGCGGUUGGGGUAGGGCUUUCAAAGACUGUGAUUUUCUUCAAUCGUGGGUGUAUUCGUAUACGUCUAGGACUCACAAUCGUAGUGUCGGGUUAUUUAUAGAGAUAGAACUCAAUCAGUGCCACGAAGAGCUCGAGGAAAUAUUUAACGGAAGUCACAAUUGUCAUCGGGACUCGAUGGAGUGUAUCCCACUAAAACCAGCCAUAGAAAAGGGUGGAAAUUAUCGAUGUGUGUGUCGAAAGGGAUUUUACCAUCAAGAAGCGAAUUUGUCGUGGAGCAGCAUCACCGGAGAAGACAUCGAGAUAGAGAGAAUCGAUAUACCGCGAUGCGUUCCCUGUCCGGAAAAAUGCGAGUUUUGUGAUUCGGCGGGCAUCUGCCCCGCCAACCACGACGUUUAUUUGAAGACUGCCAUCAUGUGUAUACAACUGGCCUGUAUGGCCGUCACCGUCAUCGUAGCGUUGGUGGUCUUUAAACAAAGAAAAACGAAGGCCAUCGCUUCCGGAAUGUGGAAAAUCCUGGAAACAAUCCUGCUGGGAGUCUUCAUAUUAUAUUUACCGGCGGUGGUUAAAUGUUUCGAGCCCUCUGUGGUACAGUGUCUGCUAGAGCCCUGGUUUCGCGAGAUCGGCUUCAUCAUAUGUUACGGAGCCAUCGUUCUGAAACUCUACAGACAUCUGAUAGAGUUUCGCACGAGAAAAGCGCAUAGAUGGGUAGUCAAAGACACCGAUCUACUCAAGUAUCUCUUCAUUAUGACUAUGUCGGUCUUGGCUUACAUGGCUGCCUACACUGCCAUAACUCUCAACUUUAUCCAGGAGAAUUACACUCUCCUAUAUCUCGGACAGACUCUAGAUGGGGAGCAAUAUUACGCCUGUAAGUCACUGUGGUGGGACUACGUUACCGAGAUCGGGGAGCUGGUGAUAUUAAUAUUCGGGAUUCAUCUUAGCUAUGCCAGCAGAAAUGCGAGAACCCAGUUUCAUGAAAGAACAUUUCUAUGUGCAGCAAUAAGUUUCGAGCUGGCCAUCAGUGCGCUAUUCUACACAGCCCGAAUAUUCGUCCUUCCUGGUCUUCAUCCUGAUUUAGUUUUGAUAAUUUACUGCGUCAGAAGCCAAUUGUCACAGACGAUGGGACUGUUAUUAAUAUUCGUACCGAAGUUUUGGUACCAGCAAAAACAAGUGAGAAACUUAGCUCAAGAGUAUUCGUGUAGACUUCCAGUAGAUGCUUUUAAGGACGUAAACGCACACGGCCCUUUGACAGGCAACAAUAGCGACGUCGAGGUGGGAGAAGUGACGCUGGCUGAUAUGAGCCCCGACGAUAUCAGGGCCGAGUUGAAGAGGCUGUAUCUACAAUUGGAAAUUUUCAAGAGUAAAACCUUGUGCAGAGAUAAUCCCCACAUAUCGAAACGGCGCGGCGGCAGGAAAGCUCAGCACCGGAGGUUCAGUCUGCAGAAUUUGCACGGGAAGCACAAGGACAAAGAUAAACAUAAGCAUAAACAAGAAGAAGAAAUUACGGAAGCAGAGCCCUCGAGAACACCAGAAGACUCGGUUUGUAGCAACGAAGGACCUAGUGGGGUAUACGCAGACCUACCAUCAACAACCCAGAGUGAACACAAGUAA